GCGCUUGAAUCUGGGACGACAGCCUCUAUGGUCCUUCUUUACCCGGAUGGUGCAGGCGCCUGGCGUCUCAGCGGAGCCUUCAUUGGCGACUCGAUCGUAGUGUACGCAAGACGCGCUGAUGUCGAUGAUUUGUUCCAGGUCGUGAUGGUGACCUCCACUCAUCGGCCGGAUCGCCAGGAUGAGCUGGAGAGGAUCGCGAGCUCCAGGGGCAAG